UGUAUUUAGUGAUUUAAAAUUUUUUCAAUGGAAGAAAUAUGUUCAAACUUGUUUCAAAAAUGAUUUGCACCCGAUUACGUACAAUGACACAGUUCAUUUAAACAUUACAAAUGCCACUGGUCAGUCAUGGACAAAUAUAAUACGCAGUGAUGUGAUCUACAUGUUUGAUGAUGCUUCAAACUCGAUCAGUCAAAAAAAUGUUAUAGCAUACGGAUAUGUUACUAAAAACGGAUCCCUUUUAUUGCUUUCUUUUACUGAGAACCAUAACAACAAGAAGCGAUAUUUGCUCCAAACACCAUCUGUACCAAAACCUACAAGUGACCAAUUAUUGACAUCAACCUACAGUCAGAUGUCAGAAACGACCCAUUGGAACAAUACCAUUACUAUUAACGCAACGAUUAGAACCUUUAGCGCAUCACAAGCCAUGACUUCAACGCUUACUUCUGCUUCCUCAAUAAGUCAACCUUUCUCCACAUAUUUAAUGAAUGAUACAUUCAUCAAUAGUACGGAAGGCUUUCGAUCAAAGUUGGAGACAAGAACAGAGAGUUCAAACGUCAGUAUCCCUGUCAGCAUUACGGUUGCAGUGAUAACCCUUGUGGCAGUUGUUGUGAUAAUAACAUUAAUAAGAAGAGGGAAACUUGAAGGCAUAUGCAACAAAAAUUCUAAUACGGAAAAUUCAACAAAAGGAAUUGUUAUAACAGAUAAGAUUUCUGCUCAAAACAAUGUGUACAAUGAGCCAGCAAUAUCUGAUUACGAACAAAUAAGUGAACUUAAAGAUAAUAAUAAUGUAGAUAUUAAAGCAGAUCUUGACGAAGGAAAUGGUAAUUACGGACAAACAUAUUUCGUCCUGGAACCUGGCUCCAGGGAAUCUCAUACAGAUGGUGACAUGUCAGAUUCCAUGAAAGAGGAAACAGAAAUGAACGAUGAUUAUAAUACAUUACAUCUCAAUAAAACCUUUGGCGCAAAAGCUGAUGACACUUACGAUACAACCGAAAAAGCAGCUAUAAAACUGAAAGCGUUACAAAAUACAGGAUGUGAAAAAGAAUUCCUUGGAAAGUUAAACGAAAACGAAGAAGACACAUAUAAUCACAUCAGCAGAAAUCUCUUCAAAAAUAACAAAACAGACAAUAUUUAUGGUGUAACUGACAAUCAAGAAAACGAUUAUGGGGAUGUAAACAACGGUUGCGAAAAGAAUCUCCGUGAUGGAGAUGACACGUACAGUCAUUUAAACACUACUCAUUAACCG